UGAGAAUAUUGAUCCGAAAGACCAGAUUAUUUGUAUUCACUGAUAAUUUGAAUCAGUGCUUCGUUAACUUUAACUAGAAUGGCACCGAAACUGUAUGCUGUCGAUCUCAGCCCUUGUGUAAGGGCUGUUCUUCUUUCUGCGAGAGCCCUUUCACUGGAACUUGAAUUGAUUGAAACCAAUUUACUCAAGAAGGAUCAUUUGAAACCAGAAUUUUUACAGAUGAAUCCACAACAUACUGUGCCAACUUUAGACGACAAUGGUGUGAUUGUUUGGGACAGCCAUGCAAUAAUGAUUUACCUCGUAGAUAAAUAUGGAAAGGGCAAUGCUAUUUAUCCAUCAGACCUUGCCCAAAGAGCGACAAUCAACCAAAGACUCUUUUUUGAUACAGAUCUUUUCAGCAAAGCCUGCACAAUCACAGACAAGAUCGUUUUUGAAGGAAUGAAAGUAGUUCCAGAGAAUUUGAAAGUGCCAUUAGUCAAAGCGUACGAAUUCCUAGAAACUUUCCUCAAAAAUAGCACAUACAUUGCUGGCAGUCAACUGACGAUAGCCGAUUUCAGCCUUUGGACAACGAUCACCAAUGCCUCGAGUUAUGUUCCAGUUGAUGCUGCAAAAUACCCAAGGAUGGCUGCCUGGAUCAAGAACUUGGAAAGCUUGCCUUACAGUGAUUUGAACGGAGUUGGUGGAAGAAAGUUUGGUGAACUCAUUGCAUCUUUGCUAGCCAAGAAUAAGAGAACCUCCUAGCAUAUUGGAUAAUCAAGGCUUGAUUAUUGAUUGAUUAUCAAGGCCUGCUGUGACGGUAUUGAAAUAGAACGAAUUCAAGCUAGACAUAUCUGAAUAAAAUGACUGCCCCUAUAUAUUGCUGAGGAGUUUAUGUUGAGGUGUGAGGUUUCAAUGAUGAAGAAGGAAGCGGUUCAUUCAAAUAAAUUAAAAACAGGUUGAUGUUGAUGCGGUUUGAAUGAAUAAACCUUGUCUUAAUCAACACACACCAUACAACAGCUGCAAGGCACUUACAUAACGUUGUAUCACGGUCACGACCCAUAACUCGACUAAACUUUAUUAAAUAAAAUACUGGAAGUUGCAUGAGAAAUGUUUCGUAUAUUAUCAGAUAGAUAAUUCAAUGUGAGAAAACAAUUUUUCCACCAAUUCGAGUAAAUCUCUCAAAUGUCCUUCCUGUCAAAAUAAAUGGCAGACGGCAGACUUCCCUGCUAUGUCCUUUCUUACAUUCCUUCUAGUUCUGCUAUAUCUGCUAUAUUUCUA